CUCGCCCCAGAGGCAGCGCGGCGGAGCCCGAGCCGCGGCCGGAGCGGAGCCGGAGAACGACGGUGGCGGCGGCGGCACCAUGACCCUGGGCAGCUGCUGCUGCGAGAUCAUGUCCUCCGAGAGCUCCCCGGCCGCGCUGUCCGAGGCCGACGCAGACAUAGACGUGGUGGGCGGCGGCGGCGGCAGCGGUGGGGGGGAGCUCCCUGCCCGCUCCGGGCCCCGCGCCCCCCGGGACGUGCUCCCCCACGGCCCCGAGCCUCCUCCGGAGGAAGCCGAGGAGGACGCAGCCGAGGACGAGGAGGAGUCCGGCGGUUGCUCGGACGGCGAGCCCCGCGCUCUAGCGCCCCGGGGGGCGGCGGCCGCAGCGGGAAGCCCCGGACCAGGCGCGGCGGCGGCGGCGGCGGCCCGGGGCGCUGCGGGGCCCGGGCCGGGACCGCCGUCGGGGGGCGCGGCGACGCGGAGCCCGCUGGUGAAGCCGCCCUACUCGUACAUCGCGCUCAUCACCAUGGCCAUCCUGCAGAGCCCCAAGAAGCGGCUGACGCUGAGCGAGAUCUGCGAGUUCAUCAGCGGCCGCUUCCCCUACUAUCGGGAGAAGUUCCCCGCCUGGCAGAACAGCAUCCGCCACAACCUCUCGCUCAACGACUGCUUCGUCAAGAUUCCCCGCGAGCCGGGCAACCCAGGCAAGGGUAACUACUGGACGCUCGACCCGGAGUCGGCCGACAUGUUCGACAACGGCAGCUUCCUGCGGCGCCGCAAGCGCUUCAAGCGGCAGCCGCUACCGCCGCCGCAUCCACACGCUCACCCUCAUCCCGAGCUGCUGUUGCGUGGCGGGGCUGCGGCGGCGGGGGACCCCGGCGCCUUCCUGCCGGGCUUCGCCGCUUACGGCGCCUACGGCUACGGCUACGGCUUGGCGCUCCCGGCCUACGGCGCACCCCCACCGGGCCCGGCCCCGCACCCGCAUCCGCACCCGCACGCCUUCGCUUUCGCCGCCGCUACCGCGCCUUGCCAGCUGUCGGUACCCCCAGGCCGCGCCGCUGCUCCUCCACCCGGACCUCCGACGGCCUCGGUGUUCGCGGGCGCAGCCUCGGCUCCGGCCCCCGCGCCUGCUCCAGGCGCAGGGUCGGGCCCCGGCCCCGCAGGCCUGCCAGCCUUCCUGGGUGCCGAGCUGGGGUGCGCCAAAGCCUUCUAUCCCGCGUCGCUGAGCCCUCCCGCAGCCGGCACCGCGGCCGGUCUGUCUACCGCACUCCUGCGCCAGGGCCUCAAGACGGACGCAGGCGGUGGUGCGGGCGGUGGGGGCGCCGGGGCCGGGCAGAGGCCUUCCUUCUCUAUAGACCACAUCAUGGGCCACGGUGGCGGCGGCGGGGCAGCAACCCCGGGCGGAGGCGAGGGCUCCCCGGGAUCGCCUUUCGCGGCGGCGGCAGGUCCUGGGGGUCAAGCCCAGGUCUUGGCUAUGCUGACUGCCCCAGCCCUGGCUCCAGUGGCCGGCCACAUCCGCCUCUCUCACCCCGGGGACGCGCUCCUGUCUUCAGGGCCCCCGUUUGCCAGCAAAGUCGCCGGCCUCAGUGGCUGCCACUUCUGACCGCAUCGAGCUCAGGGCCGGUAAGGCCCGCACUCCUCAGCCUCUCCCGGGAGCUCCUGAGGUCCCAGCGGAACUCAGGGAGUCUAUUUAUGAAGAGUCUCCAGACCUUGGGCCGGCGUUCGUGACUUGGCACUUCAGGCUCCAUGCUCAGAAAUUCGGCGAGAGUUGGGACGAAGCGGGCUCCAUCGAUCAGGGAGAGGCCCAGGUCUACGCGAUGAAUUCGCAAGCCACGAUCCAUCCCACUCCAAUAUGAGCAGUGAAAGGGGCGGAGGAGCCUUCACUUUUUCCCAGCCUCUGCGCCUCUCAGAGGCCCGGGAGGAAUGCUUUCCUGGAGAGAUGUCUGCCCAGGCCCUACCGAUUCCAUCAGAAACACCAACUGCACAGAGAGGUCUCCUUUUCUGCCUCUCCCUCACUCCUUCCCCAACUUUGAGGCCCUGCUUGUCUGAUAUUAUAAUUUAAAGAUACCUAUUAUCUGCUUUGUGCUUAAAAGAAAAUUUCAACUUUU